GUAGACUAAAAAGUGAAAACUUUAUCAAAAUCAAGAAUUAUUUAAUUUAAGCACAAUUAACAGAGAUGUCUCACUCACAAUCAUCAGAUUUGAAUGGAUUUGACAACAUUCCAGCAAUAGAUGAUGAUGAACAAAUCGUUAUUGAGGAUGAACAUACAAAUAACAAUAUGAGCAAUGUUGGAUCAAAAUCAAUGGAUUCAAUUAACUCAUAUGAUGGAUCAAGAGGUUUAGACGACGAAGGAAAUGAUCAAAAUGAUGAUAUAGAGAAAGCUCGCUUGAUUUCUCAAGUACUUGAAUUACAAAAUACUCUUGAUGACUUGAACCAACGAGUUGAUGGUGUCAAGGAAGAAAAUCUACGGCUUAGGUCCGAAAAUAUGGUGUUAGGACAGUAUAUAGAAAAUCUUAUGUCAGCAUCGUCAGUAUUUUCAUCGACUAGCCCAAGCAAUAUAAAGAAGAAGUAAAGCAAUGCUGAAGAUCUGAUGAGAAGAAAUACAAUUGCAGUGCUUUUGCUUUUUUUAUCAAGCUUAUUUUUAACACAAAGAACAUAAAAAACCA